AUGAGCGACCUAGCCGAUCGCCUCGAGGUGAAAGUUAUCGCUGCUCGAGAUCUCGUUGAAGCCGAAGGAGGCGAGUGUAAUCCUUUUGCUGUAGUGAAAUGCAACAUGGUACGUGUCAAAGGCUAAAGUUACCUGCAUUCACAAAGUAUUAUGACAGGAGCUGGAACAGACCAUGGUCAAAAAAUCGCGUUGUGUGUUGGUUCGAAAGUAUUAGUAAGUGUGUGUGCAGGUCGCGAGUCACACAACAGACCCAGAAUGGAAUUCUGCAACUAUGAUCUUUACGGGCAUAGGGAAGUAUGAUGCAGAUCACAUUGUUGUGACAGUGAUGCACAAAAGUCUGUCUGCACAAUCUGAUGUAGAACUCGGACAGGCAAUUGUGGACCUGCGCACUGUCGUACUAUCGCCCUCCAUAGAGUCUGACGCAUGGUACAUGCUCCAACAGAGGACAGGCAUGAGGCAUGAAGUCUCGGGGCGCAUACGGAUAGAGUGCACUUACUUCAUAUCAGACUCGAAUAAUAUUGUACCUGGGCGUAAGGAUGCAGAAGAUGGGGGUGACCUUGUGCACACGCCAAAUAUGCUCGUUGGAACUAUCAUCUGUGGGCGUUCUCUGCAUCUCAAGGGAAGAGAGCUUGUUGACGCUUAUGUGACACUCAAGGUAGGCGCACAUAAACAUUCUACGGCCGUUGUCGGGAAAAACUGCAAUCCGCAUUGGGACCAUGAGUUCAAAUUGCCAGUUUCUGAUGGGUCAAGAAUGAUCACUGUGAAGGUCGGGCUCAACAUAAAAAAAGGAGCAUUGCCAAUACUUUGGCUGUAGGUCAAAGACCACGGUGUUCUUCGUAAUCGUCUUAUCGGCACCUGCAUCAUACCCAUGGUUGAAGUAGCCGCACAUGGCGAGGCGGGCUUAACAAAAUGGUGCUCUCUUCAUGGCAGUGACGGUCUUGUUGAUAAUCAUGCGAGUGAUCCAUAAAAAAGAAUAAAUUUUCAUAAUCCCCUUAGGGACGCGGCGAUGUCGAACUUUAUCUUGCGUGGCGUUUUGACGCGCAGUAUGCUCAAAGUCUCUCGCGGCAUAUGCUGACGACCAGCAAGACUCUCAGCGAAUUUCAUAGUAUGUUUAGCAUUAAUUUCUCUCCUACUUGUCAGGCGCUGGGUUGCUCACAAUGAGUCGAAAGAUGCAAGGCCCCAAAUCAAGCUCAGGGGCAUUAGUUGACAGAGAGAGCGCAUGGAUGAUAGAGGAAGAUGCAUUUAUGCCGCUGGAGCUUUCUUCCAAGGAACGAGAAGAACGAACUGACAGACGAGAAGCAAAUGUAACAGCCCUUGGCAUAUUGAAGUACACACAGUCGCACAAGCACAUGCGCGCACACACAUUCAUAAUACCAUCAUCACACAACAAUAUUGUAUUGUUUGAAAUUUAACAAAAAUGAAAUGUAGGUAAUGACAGCGAGCCGCCACCUCGAUCAGCUUGAGCAACGAAGCCGCAUAAUGCCCUCUGGCGAUUACCAAAUACAGGUUCACCUUAUUGAAUGUCGUGAUCUCACCGGACUCCAUGAUCCUUAUGUCAGAGUCAAGGUCAUGGGGAGAGUAAAAAAGACGCGUGUCAUUCGCAAGGUGUGACGAAACAACAGAGAGUUUAAUAGCCAAUUAUAUUGGGGUCGUCUGUUAGGUUUCAGCUUGCGUUUUUGACGACACGCUUCAGUUUAACUUCGCUGGACUUUCCUGCUCAGCAAUUGAAGAGGCGAGCAUUGAAGUUAAAAUGUACGACUUUGAUGCUUUCCUAGCCC